GGAAGCGAUGAUUCACAGUGCAGUGAAAGUUUUCUGACAGCAUAUGAAACAGAUUAAAAAAUUAAAAAAGAUGAAGAUUAACAAAGGCUACUCACAGUUUGUUUUGAAAAUACUGUUAUAAAGCUAUUCAUUAGUUAUAACUAAAAGUUCAGUAUGGAUAGGAUUAUAAGGAUGUUUCCGUUAAUGUUGACAUUAACAACGACCACAAUAAAAUCAACAAACAGUCUUCAUUUAACUGGAACUUGGAAUAGUGACGAUGCUUUUUUAUUUUUAGCAAAAUUUGGCUUUCAAAAAACAGAUCCAAAAGAAUUAGAAAAUACUCAAGGGUUUAUAUAUGGUAAUAUAACAAAUACUACAGUCUUAACAUCAUCGAAAGAACUCACUCUAGUUGUUGUUGACAGUGAAUAUUUUCUUGAAUUUUAUGGCAACUCAACCAAAUUCAGCUCAGCACAGACAUGCUCUGCUAUGUUCAGAAAAAUUGAUUCCAUUGCUUUUGACUAUAUUUGUAAACCCAAAGGUGUACAGGAUUUUCUUCGGAAAGUACCAUGUCCAAGAAAUAAAUUUUGUGUAGAUGAAGACAAUCCAUCAAAUCUGGUCCCAGGUUAUCAAUUUACAUAUAAAGUUCGUGAUGUACAGAGACCCAGAUUCUGGUACUUAAGUCUUGUAUCAUGUUAUAGAGAUUCAACAUCAGAACGCAAGUGUGAAUGGCAAUCAAGCAAAGACUCAGGCAUUAUCCUACAGUAUGAUAUCUGGCUGGUCAAUGGAGAUCCUUCUGUAAAAGGUUUAAAUCCUUUUGAGCACCAGUUUUCUUUUGAACUUCAUGAUGUGUUUGAGAUUCAUCUUAUUGCAUUUACUUUUUGUGUCAUAAUAUUUUUAUUGUGGCUGUAUGCUUUCAGCAGCCAGCGUCAUAUUGUUACUAAGCUGUUCACUGCUUGUAUUUGUGGGGAAUUAUUAAGUAUAUCAAUGAAUCUGAUACAUGUGAGCAUAUUUGCAUACAAUGGUGUUGGAGCAGAGUGGCUAGGAAAAAUAGGGACACUGGUUGACCUUGCUACUCAAUGUCUGGUGAUGUUAUUGCUGAUUCUACUGGCCAAAGGUUUAGGAAUAACUACUGAUCAGUUCAAGUGGAGGUCUUUUAUCUUUACCUUGUGGGCUGCCUAUACUCUGCUGAAUGUCUUUCUUUACAUCUGGAAUUUGGUGGAAAUUGACAAUAUAAUCUCCAACACUGAUGAGUGGCAGACAGGUCCUGGGUAUGCUACAUUAGCAUUCCGUGUAUUAGUGAUGUUUUGGUUCUUGUAUGAGCUGCGGCAAACAUUUGGACUCACAGACAGAGAUGACAUGUCAUUUGUUAUGCAUUUUGGUGCUUUCUUCUUAGUAUGGUUUAUUUAUUUGCCAACAUUGGCAUUAGUGACGUUAAAAGUUUCCCCACUGUGGAGAUACAAAACAAUUCUCAGUAUUAAUUAUGCUGUGGAAAUUUUAGCAUAUGCAGUGCUUGUACAUUUGUUUUGGCCAGCUCGCUCAAUUCUAUUUAUAGUUGAAGGUGAAAGGCCAUUGCCCACUUAUGACCUUGAAAUUACCGGCCUGUUAGAUGAUGAUGUGCAAGAGUCCACUGAAUUACCUAACCAAGGAUUUGAGAUGAGAGAGUUACCAUCACCACCAAGAACUGUUCAAAAUAGUCCAUCCUUAGGUCUAACUAGACAAAUGAAUUUGAAAAAAUCUUCAUCCAAAACAAGCAUUGGUAGAGUGUCUUCAAACGGACAUUUGUAUGUACAUAAAGAUAAAAAGAAAUCAGAUGAGGAUGAGACAGAUGAUAAAGAGUUGUGACAACACUAACUUGUUUGUUGGAAGAUAGUGAUCAUGAUCCAGUGACAAUUUGUUUUGUUUUCUGUUAGUAAACAUUUGUUUAUUUAUAACAUUGAUUUUUUUUAAAUUUUGUUUUACUGAUGAUGUAUAAAUAGUUUUGGCCUGUUCAGAUGGGCAUAUGUUUAUUUCUGUCUUUGAAAGCAAGUAUGAUGUGCUUCCUGUUUGAUCUGUAGGCUAAAGGCUCUAAACAUUCUCAUACUUUUUCCCUAGAAGAUAAAUAAGUGUUUAUUAUUUUUAGCUAAAUUUAUUCUAUUUAAAAAAUAUAUUUUAUGAUCUUGUUAAUUGAUAAUCAGCCGUGGGACUACUAAGGUUUAUCAUUUUAGAACUAGUCGAUUUCUCAGUUUUAAAGUAUGUGUCACACAACCUAAUGUUGAACAGUUAUUUUGUGAAAUGUCAUGGGGUCCAGAAGUUUAAACGUUUUUGGUCAGUUUCUGAGAUGUUAACAUGAUAAUGUUGAAAAACUUUCUUGCCUCUUAGCAUUCAUCAAAAUUUCUUGAUUACUUGCUCAAUUGAUUGGAUGCUUGAAUUCUUCUUGUAAUGUGCGAUUUAAAAACGUUUUGCAGCCAUUCUUAAAUUAUCUCCCAAUUUAAAUACUUGCUGUGUGUGCAUUUUAAUUUACUGCAAAUAAUAGUGUUCAGCUCAUCAAACAUGUGAUUUUCAUAUUUUAAUAUCUAAAACUAAAAUCGAGGAUUGAAUUGGCUUUCAUUUUCAAUUAAUGCAUUUGAAUGGGAUUAAAUGAAUUAUAAAAGAUUGAUAACAUAAAGCAGAAUGAAUGAAAGAUCCCAAUUGAAAUGAACAGAAAUGUGUUGUGUUUGUGCGAAAAGUUUCAUCUUUCACCCACCUGUGGUUACUAUGUUAUACCAUUUCAUUAAGUUGUGAAAGAACUGAAAUCAAAUGGGCACUUUAAAGCAUGAGGGUGCAAUUAUAUAGUAGAGGUCAAGAUGACUUACUCCUAAUUUUUGAGGUAUGUUUACAUGCAUUAGUCCCUGAAUCCUCCCAGAUCUAAUAGGUACCUGACCCAAGUUGGGAAAGAUAGCUUGAUACAAUUAUGGCCACAUUAUCUCUGUAAUGGCUGAGGUAAUUGAAAAAGAUGAGCUUUUCUAUAUCUGCCCCAUGGACCUGACGUUCAGGAACUUUAAGAUGAUAACUAUAGUAAAAUUACCAGUACUUUAUGUAGAUUGAAUACAUUUGAUGAUUUUUUUUGGUUGUGUCAAUUUUUAUUUAACACCCAACAUUCCUCUCUACAUUUCCAAUACUUACUAUUUGACUGAAUACUUUUGACUGAACCACUGUGAUUUGUACAUAAAAACAGGUAACAACAAAUUUUGAAUUUUUAUGAAAAUCUAUUAAUUUUAUUUGUAUGCUAAUAAAUGCAAAUGGUUUAUGCAAUAAUUCUUUCCAAGUAUUUGUACUCAAGUCUGUUUUUACCAAAAAAUGUGAAUGAUUCUCAUAUUGGUUACUUAAAAAACAAAACUUUACUUAGCAUUCAUUAUCAUUGCAUUAAAUAAAAGUAGAGCUCUCUAGGCCAGAUUUUUAAAAUGUUUACUAGUUCUUUAUUCUAUUUGAUUAUUUUUUUCAUUAAGUAUUUCUAAUUAUUUAUUUUUUUCUAUUUAUAUUUUUGCAUAAUUAUAUUGAAUAUUAGAAAAUAGGGCAAUUAUAAUUAAAAUCUUAAUGACAUAAAUGUCCAUCAGCAAAAGGUAUUUAAUGUUACUAAUGUAUUAUGGUGAGUAUAUGACUAUAGGUGGAUCCAUAAGAAAUACAAAUACACAGAGGGUCAGAAGAUACACAGACAUUUUAAAAUGUUUCUCACCAAACCUAUAAAAGUUGUUGUAGCAAUAGAAUGGUUUGUUAUAAAAACACUUAUUUCUUUAUAUAAGCAAUUUUUAUUGUUUUCAAUUGUUGAAAAUGUUUGUAUCUAAAUAAUUGUAUGUGUGAAUCAUCUAGCAGCAAAGUUUUUUUUUCAGUAACUGUUGUUUGAAUUAUAAUUUUGUUUAUACACUAAGAUUUAAAAAAAAAUACCAUUGACCUUUGUUACUUCAUUACCACUUAAAAAGUAUCUUUUUUUAGAUGCAUAUUAACUGCAACUAAAAGAUUAGUACUGCAACAUUCUUUAAAGAUUUGUUAGUUUUAAAAAACCACUUUUACUUUACUUAGAGGGACCUCAUUGUAACAGUGCUACAUAGUAUACUUACUAAAAAGAUACUAGUUUUAGUUGCAAGUUUUCUCUGUAUUAAUUUUUUAAUAUACCCUAAACAUGUUUAGCUUUUAUAUGCUAUGUGGAUUAACAUAUUAUUGGUACUGUAUUAUUACUAUAUGUGGGUGUUAUAAGCUGAAGGUAAUCAGAAUCUAUUGUGCAUUUCUUGUGAUAUUUAUCCCACACAUUCUGCAUCUUGCACUCUUUGCUUACACCUACUGGUUGACUGGACACUUUGCACUCUUUAAGGACGUAUUUAUUUUCUCAAGACCUUUCUACAUUUGAUACCUUGAACCAUAUUCUACCAUAAAAACAACUGUAGCUAAAUAAUAAUUAUCAGCAUUGCCGUUUAAAAUUUGUUAUUGAUCAUUCAUAAGUACAAACUAAAUACUCAAUUUGGGUACAUCUAAAGUCUACAUAACUAUAAUUAAAAAGUGGCCGAUAGUUAACACAUUGUCACAGAUUUGAGACAUUUUAUGAGAUAUAGUCUGCAGACCACACAUACAAAUGAAUUGUUUUCUUUGUUCCCUUCUUCCAAAUAGUUGAAUGUUGUGAUUGAUUUGAUUGCUUCAUUUAAUGCAAUAAAUGGUUCUGUUUCAGGGACUAGUUUCUCUCAUUACAUCAUUUAUGUGCUCAUUGUUCAUUGCUAAGAACAAAUUAAAGAAAU